AUGCCUCAGGUGGCGUCGGGGGCAACCACCCAGGUGGACAACCUUUGGAUAAAGCUGGUGGACACCAUGAGGUGGGAGGAAGUGUGGGCUUUCCGGUUUCGGGUCUGCUACCGCAACCGUGGCUUUGCUGAGGGGCUCGGAGGGCUGGAGAUUCCACAUCAUUUCGAGUUCAACUUUCGAGUAUUUGGCAUCUUCUAUGGUUUGGAGAAUCGGUGUACAGAGUACCAGCGCUUCCAGGACCAACCCUCCGAACCUGGCGAGGUAUGCCAGCCCAAUGUCUCCAACUGCGCGCCCGGCCAGUUCGGUAACAAACCCACUCUGCCGGAACCCUACCGCACGGAGUACGGGCAAUCUGCCGCUGGGGAGCCUAUGCAGGGAAGACCUGCCAUGGCACUCACAGGACCUUAUGGCCAGCCGGGAGGAUGCCAGCAGCCUGGAUAUGGCCAGUUCGACCAGAAUGCCAGUGCACAGACCCAAUGCAAGGAUGGGCCUUACACGCAGACUGAGGGCCUGAGCUGCGGUAUGAAGAUGGCUGGGGCAGCUGCAGGUGGAUUGGCCCUUGGUGCAGGCGUGGCCUCUGCUGCCGAGCACGCAAGAGAUGUCGGGCGCCCUGCCGGCGAGGCAGCGCAUGGCGUGGAAGAGUUCGUAGAGAGCGUCUUUUGA